AUGGAUUCUAGGAUGAGUUUUUCGGAAACAGGGUCCUCACAAAAACAUUACGUGAACGGAGAUGAUGAUCUUCUCAUUAUUGAUAACAUCAAGAAGGAAGUAGUCAAGCUUCCCGAAGAUGUGGCUCAAGAAAAUAAGGAUCAUCCCAAUAAUGCUGAAGAGGAAUGGCCUCGUAUUGAUGAUGAUGAGAAUGGAAGUCGAGUCCUUAUUGUAAGAAGGAGCUCAACUUCGGCUUCACCCACUCCCUUCACCCAAUCCGAAUCGGAUGGAGAGACAUCGGGAGAUUUGAAAUCUUCUUCAUCUCCAUUGCAACUACAUACAUUGCAAUUAAGUACAACGAUUACCACACGCUCUUCUCAUGAAAGUUUAAGCCCGAGUAGUGGUGGAGUGUUGACGAUUGGACAUUAUGGACAUGGUGGUACUGGUCAUUCACCCAAUCAAGGCAGCACAGAUUGUUCCUCACGACAACAACAGUCGGCGUCGUCCACUCAGAGGAGGAGAGCCUCUCCGAACCCUCCCAAUGGUUGUGGUGGUACUUUGUCGUGUCUCAAGGACGAUUUCAUAAUACUGUACAAAAUAUUUACAUUCCUGAGGUUUAAAGACUUAAUUCGAGUGAGCAAUGUAUCGUCGUAUUGGAGGAAAAUUUUAAGGGAUGCAGCUCUCAAUAAUUGUUCCAAUGAGAGCCAUAUUCGAAAGACUAUCAUGAAACAAGAAUUUACAGACCUGUACGAAAGAGAGUGCAGGCGAUUAUGGCCGUUUAAUUGUGACGUUUCGAGGUAUCCCAAACAAUCUCAACCAAACACCAAUAACAGCAAUUCUGAGAAUCCAGUACCAAUCAUUAUUCGACAGGACGAAGACGACGACCAAAUUCAAAACAGACCAUCCAUCCUGGAAUUGGAUGUGGGAGGUUAUAGAGCCAUGUUAAUAGAUGAGAAUUCGGAAAACGAACUGUUUCCAUUCGUCAUGUUAAAGUUUGCCAAAAUGUCACGCAAGAGAUAUUUAAAUUUUGUCGCAGCUUGUUCGUCAUCGUCUCUAGACACCUCAAAUUCAGGAAUCAUGGAUAUAGGAACCGUGGAAAUUAAGCUAGAUAAGAAACAUGCAGCAAAGGCGGCAGAAAAUUUUCGAUGUUUAUGUACAGGAGAAAAAGGUCUGUCUUCUCGGUCCAUACCCCUCACUCUCAAAGGGUCAACCAUUCAUAAAUCGAUACAGGCAACACUGAUUCAAGGUGGAGAUAUUGAAUAUUCGGGUACAAGUGGUUGGUGGAAAUGCCAUAACUAUUUUGGUAAGGAUUGUUCUUCGCCGUCUUCACACAGCAACAACUGCAAAGAAGGUGAUGGAAAUGAGUCAAUAUUUGGAAAAACUUUUGAGGACCACUCGACACAACCAAAUAUUCACCAUGCAGGAACUGUUUCUUUGGCAGUGACGAAUGGUGACAACGAGUCAUAUGGUUCACAAUUCAUAAUAUGUGUGAAUCGAUGCAAAGAACUGGAUGGCAAGAAUAUUGUCAUUGGGGAGGUGACCAAAGGUCUAGAUGUUGUACGUAGAGUGGAAGCAGAAGUACUUGGAUCCAUGUUACCUUCAGCAACAUCACAAAGCGCAGAUCACCAAGAUAAUGUGGUUGUGUUUAUCAAAGAAUGCGGACAGUUGGGCUAUACAGGUCCAAAUUUUGAAGAGAGCGUUAAAGAGCAAUUCCAAAACAAAAAACAGGCAGUCCCAGAACCAGUGAAAUCAAGAACUUGCCUCAUCCUUUGA